GUCAGAUGUUAUUUGCGAACAGGACUCGAGGGGAGACACUUCGAACGCUGAUAUCGAACARAACAGUGAAAAUCGAAUUUUCUCCCAUUGAAAACUUGUCUCGUCUUUCUUGGACUUCGAAGGGAGCUCAGGUCUGAUAUUUAACGAUGCUCUGGAAUGUUCAUUUGGUAUGAAUCCAUUGAACAAAUGGACAGAUAUAUAUGAUAAUGAAACCGACUACUGUGUAUGUUAUUGAAAUCAACAACUUUGAAGGAUCUUCAUGUAGAUUUGCAGUUAAUAUAUUCUAGAAAUACUACGUUUUUUGCUCAAAUGUCUGUUCGUCAAGCUCUAAGCGACGAUACCUUAUCUCAAAAACUCGCAGAAAAAGACAUUUUCAAGAUAAAGCUUUCACUUUCAUGCCUAUCGAGCAAGGUAGUCGUGUGCAACGCAGUUGCAAAUUUAUACUURUGGCAGCCACCGACCGUAGAAACUUCAACCAACUCGUGGCAGUAUGUUAGAACUGGAAUCCCUGCUCUUGUGGUAAAUUCAGGUGAUAGUGGAUCUAGGAAUCCUCGAGGGAUGAGUAUAUGUUUAAUGGAUAAACAGAGUGGGUUUUGCAUUUGGAAAGAAGUUAUCAGCGCAAAUUCAAACUACAGAGAACAACAGGGYAAUUUUCAUGUUUUGKCUUUGUCGACUGGUGGUGGUGUGAUGGCAGGCCUGCGAUUCGCCGACGAAGACGCUGCUAAAAUGUUCUUGAAAGACGUUAUAUCGAGUUUAGAGGACGUGAUACGGACCUCAUCCAUGCCAGAAAUAGAUACACUUCAUGUGUCGACGAGUAACGAGAAAUUGAAAAAGUUUCGUAAGUUGAAAAAAAAUGAAAUUUCAAGUCCGUGUUUGUUCAGCCAUGUAACAAGUAUAACGAACGCUACGCUAGUAAACGAUGGUCUGGACUCAAACAAUUCAGACUCACACAAGGAGAAAAAAUCUAUGAAUGGACAUUCUGGUAGGACUUCAAACCUUAGGAGGGCUUUUAGUGUAACGAAACGAAGACGAUGAAAAUCGAUCGAGRAAAUCAAAGUUAGUAUCGAAAUUCAUUCCAUCGAAUCGAAAGCAACAUGGCAUUCAACCAGAUGUGAAGAAGUACUUGAGACGAUGAACUGACGUUAACAGGGUGUAUUUUAACGCAUUGAAGAUUAUAAACAAGGUUGAAUGCGGUAUGACAAGGAAAUAUCGGUAAAUAUCACUUUCAAUGACUUCAUGGGGACAAAUCUGGAGUUAUUAUAGAGUUAUUAUGCUUUGGUAUGUGGCAUGUGUAGUUCUUGUUCCU